AACUCUACGUAUAUGCCACUAUCCGUGUAUCUCAAUCACCUGAUCAUCGAAGAGGCUACGAAUCAGGAUGAAGAACCUCAUAAAUUCGUAUCGCGUGACUUGCGUUUCCACGUGGUCAAUUACGCAUUAUGGCUUUACUGGGUCCUCGAAGAAGUUCGCUUGCCGCGUAGAAGCAGUGAGGAGGCGGCGGCGGUGCAGCCCAGCGUUAUGGUCGACAGAGUCGAACCCCCGGAAAGAACUUAA